AAUGCCUACAACAAAGUGCAAACUUUAAGCAUGGAUUAAAACCAGCCUUUAUAUAGUCAAGUUAAUAAGUCUUUCCUAGUGAACAGAUACCAAAAACGGGGUAUGGGCUGCCUUGGCCUUGGGACAUAUUAACUCCUGUAGAAUGGGUUAGCUAGUGGGAAGGAGGAACUCAGUGGUGACUCAUGUUUAACCUGUCUUUCAGCCUAACUUGUAAGUGGGUGGAGCUAGAUAGAGUUCAGCACUUCCACCUGAAAAGUUACCCUGUGAGUCCUUCCUGAAAUAGUUUGUCAGGAUAGCUUUAUUUUAGACCUGGCUACAGGAGCCUCUGUAGUAGAAUGCAGUGCUUACAUGUCUAGGGGCUAAAUUUCUCUGCGGAGGCCAACACCUCCAAGUUUUCUUUAAACCGGAAUGUGGUUUACUACGUGGCUCUCUAAGUAAUCAGGUGACUUUCAAAGCUGUGCCAUGAAAAUUGGCAGAAUGUGUUCACCCAUAUACUUAAUUAGGCAAGCUGAGGAACAGAUUUGGUGCAGGAGAGAGUGGUUUGAAUGUGUGAUGAAGGCAUAUGGCAUAUUCAGUAAUUAGGGUUGAUUUUGUAAGUUAAAAGAACUGCACCUUCAGGGACAGAUUUCCUUUUGCAGUGCCUACAGAGGAACUAGUAUUUUUUUCAUCUCACUCAAUGAGGAAGUGUUUUCAAGCUGCUCCACAGGUUAACAUGGAGUGAAGACUAAUAGGGGGUGGCAUCUGAUAGUGCUGUCUUGAUGCACUAAGACUUGGAAAUCUUAGUAUUUUCGAGAAGUAGGAGUUAAUAGGUGAGAUAAGGCUGCUGUUGUAUUCCUUGAUGAACAAGUUGACAAAAUGGCAUUAUAGGAAGUUCUGUGUGGGAAGAAAUAGGAGUAAUCAGCAGAAAUCUACACUCCCCAUUUUUUAUUUAAUUUUAGACUUAGAACUUAUUAAGUAGCAGACACUGUCCUAGGUUCUGGAUAUGUAGCAGUGACCAAGAAACUUGAGGAUCCAGUGUACUCAUACAGAGCCUUUCAUAGUUUAGCUUAAUGAGUCUCUCAUGUUCCAUCUUAUUCAUGUUCAAUUUUUCACAUACACCUUGGAAUCCCCAAAUUCUCUGUCUCUGAGUCUUUACACAUGCUUAUCUUAUUUCCUGAAUGACCUUUUCCCCUUUCUAUAUGGAUAAUUCCUACUUGUUCUUUAAGAUUCAGCUUCAAGACCUACUUCUUUCUGUAUGUCCCAAACCCUCUUUUCCAGUAACACUUUGUUUAUGACAUUGUUGUAGCACUUAGACAUUUCUUCUUUACCCAAGGACAGAGUCCUCAAUGCCUUGUCUGUUGUGUGAUGUAUAUAUCUCCCCACCAUACAUAGGCACUGCCUUUAGUAGAGACCAUGACUGUACUUUCUUUCUCUUAGCUUCAUACUUCCUCAUUUUCUCUGUAAGCACUUUUCUUUUUUCUUCUUUUACUAUUUUUUUUUUGAGAUGGGAUCUCACUAUGUUGCCCAGGCUGGGACUCUAGGCACAUGCCCCUGCACCCAGCUUUUCUCAGCCACUGAAUAUAAAUAUCAAUUAUGGCCCUAGCCUGAAUGGAACCUUCCCCCAGCCUCCUAUAUACAGUGACAGAAUGAGGGGGAAACAUGGGCAGAUUUGGUAGAAUCAGUAGGAUUUGGUGACUUACGGGGAGUAAGGAAAAGGAAAUUGCCACCUGGGAAGCUUUAUAAGUCAUAUCUUAGAAGAAGAGCUGGUUUGAGAUGGGGAGAAGGAAAUAAUUAGUUCCACUGUGGAUUUCUUUAGUUCAGAUGGCCUUUGGCACAUCCACGUAGAGGUUUCCUAUAGCAAAUUGGACAUAAUGAUUUGGAACUCUAGAGAAGAUUGGCUGGAGUAAAAAGUUGUUUUCACAUGUUAAUUAAAGCCAUGGGGAUGGAGAUGAUCUUCCACAGGGAAUAUGGAGAAAGAAAAGAUAAGGACUAUUCAUUCAUGCAUUUAACAAAUAUGUAUUGAGAGCCUCUAGUGUUGGGAAUGUAGCAAUAAACAAAACAUAAAUUCAUGAGCAAAUAUUAAACUCUCAGGCAUAGUAAAUACUAAAGGGAUGGACAAAUGAAGGUGGUGUCCCUGUAAGUUGACAAGUGAGAACUUCAAGAAGGGGAUUAGGUGCCAAAUACUAGAGCAAUGUCCCAUAAAAGAAGGAAGCUGCCCCUGGAUUUAGCAACAAGAAAAAAAGUUACUGUGUAACAUUGGUGAUGUUUGCAGACAGAAAAAGUAAACUGUCAAGGAAUUCAGAGCAUUGGGUACUUGUUAUUUGGACCAGUUUGAGGAGUCUUUGAUUUAUUGGACCAACUGGCAACAGAAAAUGAAAAGUAGUGUGGCACAGAUAAAACCUUCUUCUGGUCAUGACAGAAGGGAAAACCUUAAUUCAUAUCAGAGGAACUCCUCUCCAGAAGAGAGAUAUGAAGAACAAGAAAGAUCCCCCCGGGAUAGAGAUUACUUUGAUUACAGCAGAUCAGACUAUGAGCAUUCAGGAAGAGGACAUUCUUAUGAUAGUAGCAUGGAGUCACGAAACAGGGACCGAGAAAAACGCAGAGAAAGAGAAAGAGAUACGGAUCGGAAAAGGUCUCGGAAAUCCCCAUCUCCUGGGAGGAGAAACCAAGAAACAUCAGUAACUCAGAGUUCCUCUGCUCAGGAUGAACCUGCUACAAAGAAAAAGAAAGAUGAGCUGGAUCCUCUUCUUACUCGCACUGGUGGAGCAUAUAUUCCCCCUGCAAAGCUCAGGAUGAUGCAGGAACAGAUUACAGAUAAAAACAGCUUAGCAUACCAGAGGAUGAGUUGGGAGGCCCUAAAGAAGUCAAUUAAUGGUCUUAUCAACAAAGUCAACAUUUCCAACAUAAGUAUUAUUAUUCAAGAGCUUCUUCAAGAAAAUAUAGUUAGAGGAAGAGGACUGCUGUCCAGGUCUGUUUUGCAAGCACAGAGUGCUUCUCCAAUCUUCACCCAUGUUUAUGCAGCAUUAGUGGCAAUUAUCAACUCAAAAUUUCCACAAAUUGGAGAAUUAAUCCUCAAGAGGUUAAUUCUUAAUUUUCGAAAAGGCUAUCGGAGAAAUGACAAGCAACUCUGCCUGACUGCUUCAAAAUUUGUGGCGCAUCUUAUUAACCAAAAUGUGGCACAUGAAGUUUUAUGCUUAGAGAUGCUCACUUUGCUCCUGGAAAGACCAACAGAUGAUAGUGUUGAAGUAGCUAUUGGUUUUCUUAAGGAAUGUGGCCUCAAAUUAACACAAGUGUCACCAAGAGGAAUCAAUGCUAUAUUUGAACGCCUUCGAAACAUUCUGCAUGAGUCUGAAAUUGACAAAAGAGUUCAAUAUAUGAUUGAAGUGAUGUUUGCUGUACGGAAAGAUGGAUUCAAGGACCACCCCAUUAUCCUAGAAGGUCUUGAUUUGGUGGAAGAAGAUGAUCAGUUCACCCAUAUGCUCCCUCUGGAGGAUGACUAUAAUCCAGAAGAUGUUCUUAAUGUUUUCAAGAUGGAUCCUAAUUUUAUGGAGAAUGAAGAGAAGUACAAAGCUAUUAAGAAAGAAAUUCUUGAUGAGGGAGAUACUGACUCAAACACAGACCAAGAUGCUGGGAGUAGUGAAGAGGACGAGGAAGAAGAAGAGGAAGAGGGAGAAGAAGAUGAAGAAGGACAAAAAGUAACUAUUCAUGACAAAACAGAAAUUAACCUGGUCUCAUUUCGUCGUACAAUUUAUCUUGCUAUUCAGUCAAGUUUAGAUUUUGAAGAAUGUGCUCACAAAUUGCUGAAAAUGGAGUUUCCUGAAAGCCAAACAAAAGAACUCUGCAACAUGAUACUUGAUUGCUGUGCCCAACAGAGGACAUAUGAAAAAUUUUUUGGCUUAUUAGCUGGGCGAUUUUGCAUGCUAAAGAAAGAGUACAUGGAAUCCUUUGAAAGUAUAUUCAAAGAACAGUAUGAUACCAUCCAUCGCUUGGAAACAAACAAAUUGAGAAAUGUUGCUAAGAUGUUUGCUCACCUUUUAUACACUGAUUCACUUCCAUGGAGUGUUCUUGAAUGUAUAAAACUGAGUGAAGAAACCACCACAUCAUCCAGUAGAAUUUUUGUCAAAAUAUUUUUCCAGGAACUGUGUGAAUACAUGGGUCUUCCUAAACUUAAUGCAAGAUUAAAGGAUGAAACUCUACAGCCAUUCUUUGAAGGAUUAUUACCCCGAGAUAAUCCAAGAAACACUCGGUUUGCCAUCAACUUCUUUACCUCUAUAGGUCUUGGAGGUUUAACGGAUGAACUGCGUGAGCAUCUCAAAAAUACACCAAAGGUCAUCGUGGCACAGAAACCAGAUGUUGAGCAAAAUAAAUCCUCCCCAUCCUCUUCCUCUUCAGCAUCCUCCUCUUCAGAGUCUGACUCAUCCGACUCUGAUUCUGACAGCAGUGAUAGCAGUUCAGAGUCUUCCAGUGAAGAGAGCGACUCUUCAUCCAUCAGUAGUCAUAGCUCUGCCUCAGCUAAUGAUGUAAGAAAGAAGAGACAUGGGAAGACCAGAAGUAAAGAGGUAGAUAAAUUGAUCAGAAACCAGCAAACAAAUGAUAGGAAACAAAAAGAAAGAAGACAAGAACAUGGGCACCAGGAAACAAGGACUGAGAGAGAAAGAAGGUCAGAAAAACACAGAGAUCAAAAUUCAAGAGAUUCAAAUUGGAGAGAUCCUAUAACAAAGUACACAUCAGACAAAGAUGUUCCUUCUGAACGAAAUAACUACAGUAGAGUUGUGAAUGACAGAGACCAAGAAAUGCAUAUAGAUUUGGAAAAUAAGCAUGGUGAUCCCAAAAAGAAAAGAGGAGAGAGAAGAAAUUCUUUUUCUGAAAAUGAGAAGCAUACACACCGAAAUAAAGACAGUGAAAAUUUCAGAAGAAAAGAUAGAUCAAAGUCAAGGGAAAUAAAUAGAAAACAUUCAGGCUCAAGAAGUGAUGAAGAUAGAUAUCAAAAUGGUGCUGAGAGACGAUGGGAAAAAUCUAGCAGAUACUCUGAACAAUCCAGAGAAUCAACGAAAAAUCAGGACCGGCGAAGAGAAAAGUCUCCAACAAAACAAAAAUAAUUCUACAAAAUGACGUAAACUGGACAUGCCUUAUAUUCAGUUGAAACAAAUUAUUUUUUACUUUGAUUGAUGAACUUUAUAGAGAAUUCUUGUAUAAAGUACUGGUUUGUAUUUGUAACUUUAAAAAAGUUUUCAUUUUAACAUAUUUUAUAAUUGGUAAGUCUCAAGGCCCUACACAUAAAAUUAUUUGAAAAGUUUCACCAGAAAGGGAUGUAAGUCUUGCUUAUAUUUUGUGAAUAAAAUGAUCAAAAGCUCA